UUUGUAAACAGGACGUGAGUGACGGAACUGGUGAUUACGGAAAUAACUGUUCAGCAGGAAUCAAAUAAAUAAAUAAAGGAUUAAUCUCGGGUUACCACCGGUGCAAGCCUAUAUCUCUUUCCACAAUGUCUCGGCAGUCCAACCGAACAACAGACAGCAAAAAGAUGAACUCUGAGUUGUUCACACUGACCUAUGGAGCUCUGGUCACCCAGCUCUGUAAAGACUAUGAGAACGAUGAGGAAGUCAACAAACAGCUGGACAAAAUGGGUUAUAACAUCGGGGUGCGUCUGAUCGAGGACUUCUUGGCACGGUCCAACAUCGGCAGGUGUCAGGAUUUCCGAGAAACCGCCGAUGUCAUCGCUAAGGUUGCCUUCAAGAUGUACCUGGGAAUUACCCCCAGCGUGACCAACUGGAGUCCAGCGGGAGACGAGUUCUCGCUUAUUUUAGAAAACAAUCCACUGGCUGACUUCGUGGAGCUGCCGGAUAACCACAACACGCUCAUCUACUCCARCCUGCUGUGUGGCAUCCUCAGAGGAGCCCUGGAGAUGGUCCAGAUGGCGGUGGAUGUGAAGUUUGCCCAGGACUCUCUUCGAGGGGACAACAUCACGGAAAUCCGCAUGAAGUUUAUUAAGAGGAUUGAAGAAAACCUCCCAGCUGGAGAGGAGUGAUGGAACUAAAGACUCUUUCCUUCAUGUGUCUGUAAAAAAGACAAUAACUUAAAAGAAGGAACAACUGAAGAACAUCAAUCAGACCUGAAGGACAUUUCUCUUCCUUGUAGCUUCAUGUGUUUGAGAGUUUAUGUUUGAACUGUACGAUAAGAAUCCUAGACAUCGCACUGGAACAUAGAAGUUCUAGCUCGUUGAAAGUACAUUUGCAAAUUCGUCACUACCCUUCAUUUGUUAAAAAAAAAUGAAAAUUUCUUCACACUUAUACUCUAUUAUUUUUUAUUCAUUACUGUUUUGUUUUUUCUUCUUUUACAUGACAUUCAAGAGUUUAAAAACUGUAUUGCUGCCAAUUGUCUGGCUUUGGUAAUUUAUGUUGUCUCAAGUAAAAUCAACCAAUGCGAUGCAAUGCUUUUCGUAUGUGUUUGAAAACCUUUUGAAAGCGGACCAGAAAUUGAUACUUUUAGCAAAAAUGAUGUCAGGAUUGCCUCCAGGCCUGGAGUUUAUUCUUCCCAUGCAUGUGUGGGUUUUCUUCAGUUACUCCGGUUUUGCACCACAGACCAAAAACAUUCAUGUUAGGUUAAUUGGUAACUCUAAAUUGUCCAUAGAUGUGAGUGAGAGUAUGAAUGGUUGGUGUCCCUCUCUUUUCGUACAGUACCCGAUGAAGAUGGGCACCAGAUCACCGCAACCCGGAAAGUAAGAAAAAAAAAAA